CAGUUGUGUGUGUUUUAUGUGUUUUAUUUGUUUAUGGUGGUUUUGUUGUAAAUGCCAUCAACAAUGGUAAAGAGAAAUGUGUGGACUCGUCUAGUUGCAGUAAUAAUGGAAUUUGUCGAAAUGAAACAUGUAUUUGCAAUGAUGGUUGGCAAGGUACCUUUUGUCAACAUUGUGGUGGAAAAGUCAGAUUGGCUGGCCCAUACGGUACAAUUCACGAUGGCAUCGGAAAUUAUUCCAUAGCAGUAAAAUGUAGUUGGUUAAUAGAUGCUCCAAAUUCAACUAUAACAUUACAUUUAGAAGAAUUCGCCACAGAAUGUGGAUGGGAUAAUUUAUAUGUGUUUGAUGGCGAUAGUGUGAAUUCACCAUUAUUGGCGGUGUAUAGUGGUCUUAUGUAUCGUGAAAAUUAUCACAUAAGACGUGUACCAGAAGUUGUGGCCACUUCAGGUGCAGCACUGUUACAUUUUUUUAGUGAUGAUGCAUACAAUAUGACUGGAUUUAACAUGACAUAUAAAAUUAAUGCAUGCCCAAGUAUUAAAUCAAACGUAAAUUGUUCGGGCAAUGGUGUGUGCGUCGAUGGUGUAUGUAAUUGUGAUGCUGGUUGGUUGGGAAAUGGUUGUCACUUACCAAUAUGCCCGAAUGAUUGCUAUAGUUCUGAGGGGCAUGGUGAAUGUUCAUGGGAACACCAUCGUUGCGAAUGUAAAGGUGUUUGGACUGGUGCUGAUUGUAGUCAACGUGUUGAAAAAGGUUACUGGGUGUCUAUUACGCCGGUAGAUUAUACACCACCAGGAUUUGCAAGCGCUGGCGCUAUUGUAUGGCGUGAUACAUUAUACGUAGUAUCUGGACAAAGUUUUGGUACACCUUCAUCAGCUGUUAUUUUCACAUACGAUUUUAAUGGUAAUGUUUGGGAAACUCCACAAGUCGAAGGUGUUGGCCCUGGACAUCGUUAUGGACAUUCAAGUGUCUUAUAUGGUGAUAAAGUUUUUGUAUACGGCGGUGUUUGGGGGAAUCGUGGUGCUACUAAAGAAUUAUGGGCAUUUGAUGUCAGUGCCAAAAUAUGGGAAAAUAUUACAGUAAAAGCUUUACCAUGUAAUUCCUCCUACUCGUUAUGUGGCCCUCUAAAAUCUUCGGGUCAUACUGCAACCGUGUUUACGAGUGGUAACAAGAAAUCAGAUCGGAUGAUUGUUAUUUUUGGACAUUCACCACAAUUUGGGUACUUGAAUACGGUACAAGAAUACUAUUUUGGUACCAGAGAGUGGACAAUUGUCGAAACAAAAGGGUUUCCUGUUAAAGGUGGUUAUGGCCAUAGCAGUGCAUAUGAUCCAUUUAGCCAGAAAAUUUAUGUUUAUGGUGGAAUUGUCUCGGAAAGUGAAUCGACUCAAGUAUUAAAUCCGAAAUUAUACUCAUAUGAGCCACACUCGAAAGUAUGGACAAUGCUAACGAAUGCACCUUCGGCCCGAUAUUUACACACUGCAUUGUUCAUAAAUCGUGGUUUAAUGAUGGUUUUUGGCGGAUAUACUCAUAACGAUACGUCUCAAAGUUAUGGGGCAAAAUGUUACAGUAGUGAGUUUUUGGCAUACGAUGUUUUAUGUGAUUCGUGGACAAUGUUAUCAACACCAGUUGAAAUACAAGCGGAUUUAGCUCGAUUUGGACAUUCCGCUGUAACUUUUGAAGGUUCUAUGUACAUUUAUGGUGGUUUUGAUGGGCAAAUGCUAUCAGAUAUUCUAAAAUAUACUCCGGGAAAUUGCUCCUAUUUUAAAACGCAAUCUGAUUGUUUAAAUAACAAGCCUGGCGUAAAAUGUGUAUGGGAACGACGUGGUGCAAAGUGUUUUUCAAUUGCUGAAGUUCCUCCAGCAUUGUUAUCAAAAGAUCGUGAAGAUUACAUGCGAUGUCCAGAAGAGAAUCGUACAUCAAUUGCUCAUACAAUUUUCUUAAAUACUGAACGCUGUUCUGCCUUACCAGAUUGUUUUAGCUGUGUCCAAACCACUUGGGGAUGUAAAUGGUGCGGAAGUUAUUGUUCAAAAGAACGUUGUCGUAAUACAACCGGUGUUUCAGCCCCGAUUACGAAUUUAUCACUCUGCCCGGCAGAUCCAAAUCCGAUUUGCCGAACUCUUCACACUUGUACAGCAUGUUCAGCAAACCAUCCAUGUCAUUGGGAUUAUGAAUCACAUUGUAGUGCAUCGCGUAAUAUUUCUGAACAACAACAUCACGUUCAACAACCAGAACCGAUUUCGUGUCCAACGGUUUGCUCGGAUUUAACAUCAUGUACAAAUUGUACGCAGGAAGAAUGUAUUUGGUGUCAAAAUGAAGGGCGUUGUGUUGAUAAAAAUGCGUACAUAAUAUCAUUCCCUUACGGACAAUGCCGUGAAUGGACGACAGUUAAUACUCGUUGCCGUAGUGGAAAUCCAGGUGGUGCAGUCUCCCAGUGUGCGUAUUAUACAUCGUGCGCGCAAUGUAGAGAUGAUCCAGCGUGUGGAUGGUGCGAUGAUGGAUCCCGCACAGGGCUAGGUACUUGCAUGGCAGGUGGAUAUCAAGGUCCCAAUUUACAUGACCAUUCAUUGCCAUCAAGUACAUGUCCUUCUGAACGAUGGCAUUUUACAAAUUGUCCAAAAUGUCAAUGUAAUGGCCAUUCAACAUGUGAUACAUUUGAACGAUGCAUAAUGCCAUGCCGUAAUGACUCAAUUGGAGCACAUUGUGAAAAAUGUCGUGAUGGUUAUUGGGGUAAUCCUGUAAAUGGUGGACGAUGUCAACCAUGUCAAUGUAAUGGACAAGCUACGAAAUGUAAUCAUGAGACGGGUAAAUGUUAUUGUACAACUAAAGGUCUUACUGGUGAUCAUUGUGAAAAAUGUGAUGCACCUAAUCAUUAUACGGGAGAUCCAUCAGUAAACAAAGGAUCGUGUUAUUAUGAAUUAACAAUUGAUUAUCAAUUUACAUUUAAUCUAUCUAAAAAAGAGGAUCGCCAUUAUACACAAAUUAAUUUUCGUAAUUCACCGAUAAAACCAGAUAUUGAUGCCGAUUUUACCAUAACAUGUUCUGUAUUAGCUAAAAUGAAUAUAACGGUGAAAUCAGCGAAUAAUGUUGAAAAGGCUGUAUUAUCAGCACAUAACUGCACAAAUUUUCGAACAAAAUUCUCAAAAUCUGAUUUUAAUUUUGGUUUAGAAGAUAAUGUCACACAAACUGUUUUUUAUGUAUAUGUAUAUGAUUUCCAACCGCCAUUAUGGAUUACAAUCUCAUUCUCGCAAUAUCCAAAAUUAAAUUUACAACAAUUUUUUAUCACGUUUUCAUCAUGUUUCUUGGCAUUACUUUUAGUAGCAGCCAUAAUGUGGAAAAUUAAACAAAAAUAUGAUAUGUAUCGACGUCGUCAACGUAUUAUUGUUGAAAUGGAGCAAAUGGCUUCCCGACCAUUCUCACAGGUUCUUGUAGAAAUCGAACCACACGAUAACACACUGUAUCAAACAACUACUGGGACUGAUCAACAAAAUAUUAUUCAAUCAACACGUAACAACAGUAACUUAAACACAAAACGUAAUAAAAAAGAUUCUCCAUCACCUAUAGCGUUAGAACCGUGCGCUGGAAAUCGUGCCGCUGUGCUAUCCUUACUAGUACGUUUACCUACUGGUGGGGAGCUAUAUACACCAAUUGGACAAUCUGCUGGUUUGGCGGUAGCAAGUGCACUAGUAACGCUGGGUAAUCCACGGCGAAGUAGUGUCGAUAUGCCAAAAAUGAAUAGCGAACAGGGUAAAGGUAAAAUGGGACGUAAAGGACAAAGCCAACAUCCAGAUGGUUGUAUAUAAAAUAUUAAUCUUGGUCGAUUGAUCAAAUGAACAAGAACAGGUUAUGUUUGAAGUUAUGCGAGUGAAUGUGUAAAUGUGUGUGCGUUUUUCGGUCUUGUAUACGCAAGAGGUGCUAAUUAAUUUUUAUUUCUCUUUUUUUCUUUUUUUUUUUUUUUUUGUUUCUGAGAGAGAUUUUGAGUACAGAGUGUCUACUACAGUAAACCUUUGUCCAUUUCCCGAUAUUUCUAAGGCUCACAUUUUUUUUUAUUACAAAGUAGUUUUCGUUAACUGUAUCAAGGGGUCUCCUUUAGUUUAGAGUCAAGACAAUAUGUUCGAAUUUUUGCCUUAUUUUGCAUCCAUACGAUGAUUCUAAAUUUGCCUUUUAUUAUGUGCUUAAACAGAUUUUAUCAGACUCUUCGCUUUCCUAAUAAUGCUAGUAAGAGAACUUUAAAAAUAAUGGUGCAGAAGAUCGGGUAAAAAAAGUCAAGAUGGUUCAAAUUAGUAAUUACAUAUGUAGCAAACAAUAGCGAAGCAUAUUUGACCAGAAUUUUUGUUUAAACAUUUAAUAUAAAGCAAUUUCGAAGUCACCAGUAUGAGAGAAAAUACUUUUCUUUCAAAUUACACGCAUUUUCAUUUUGUCAAACAUGGAACACAAUAUGUAUACGAUAUCACAACUCAUUUAAGUAGCUAAAGUUAGUUUUAAGGUAAAGAGAAAUAAUUAACUGUACUCUAAAAUUUUCUUAUAACUGUUUUACAUCAAUGUUCUUUGUUUGACAUAACAAAUAUAGCGUUUAAUUUAAAGUAAAAAAUAGUUUUAAAACAGUAUGGCUAAAAAUGGCGUCAUUGUCAUGAGUCUUUAGAAAAGUUUUCUAUUUUAUACUAACGUGUGUUACCUUCGCGGCAUACCAUACCAAAAAGCCUUUAAAGGAAAGUAGAUAUUUUUGUAUUUUUUAGAAAAUGGUCGAUGAUAUUUUCCCAUGUCGUAUGAUAAUCUAUGGAGCCAUUUAUUAAUUAAAUAUAUAUUCUCAGACUGAUUUUUAUUCUUUAGAUCUUAGAUAUUUGCUUAU